AUUUAACUGUCACAGAUUUUUUGCUCGACAAGAUAAAUUUGUUUUAUGAUAAUUAUGGGAUAAAAAAAAGACUCUUUUCUUGAUAGUUUAAUGGUUAAAUUUUACUUUUGUAAUCUAAUAAAUCAAAAUUAAAAAUUUACGAGACAAGCAACGAACACACAUUUCAGAUUACUCAGAAUUCAGAACCAGAACUAAAAUGAACAAAGUAUUUUUAUUUUAAUCUGUCAACCGUCACCGACUAAAAGGAAAGAUUACUUUUAUUUUAUUUUUUUGUUUUCGUUUCUAGAUUGAUAUUCUAGUUUUUAACUUAAAUUCAGUAGGAUGGAUAAUUCCCUAACAAAUUUUGAAUUAACUGAGAGCACCAUAAAAAUCGAUCCAGAUUCUGAAAACGGUUCUGGAUCUGACAAAAGUGACCCAAUGGAAAUAGUAAGUAUAGGCGAUGCUGAAUCUUCUUCCAGCAAUAAGUCUGAUGAUGAUUUCGAUAACAAUUUACCAAAAACUGUUACCCUUUUGAAACACGAAAAGACUGGAGCUAAGGUUUAUCUUAUUGGUACAGCACAUUUUAGUAAAGAAUCACAAGAGGAUGUAGCAAAAGUUAUAACAAAUGUUCUUCCACAUAUAGUUGUACUAGAAUUAUGUAGUUCGAGGACAAAUAUUUUAUCUUUAGAUGAGGAGACUGUCUUGGAAGAGGCCAAAAAUAUCGAUAUGCAGAAAAUUAUAUCUACAAUUAGGACUAAUGGAGCGUACAACGGUUUGAUGUAUUUACUAUUAUUAAAUUUGAGUGCGAACCUUACAAAGGAAAUCGGAAUGGCUCCCGGUGGCGAAUUCAGAGUUGCUUAUAAGGAGGCCUCAAAGAUUCCUCACUGUAGAAUACAUUUAGGGGAUCGGCCGAUAAAUAUUACUCUUCAAAGAGCCUUAGCAAGGCUUACCUGGUUCCAAACUAUAAAACUGGCGUGGCAUCUACUCACAUCAAAAGAUCCUGUUAGUGUAGAAGAAAUUGAAAAAUGUAAAGAAAAAGACAUGUUAGAGCAAUUAUUAACAGAUUUGUCGGGAGAAUACCCGGCAUUUAGGGAAGUUUUUCUUGAUGAGAGGGACAUUUUUCUAACAAAUUCUCUACAACAGGCAGCUGAAUCAAGAAAGUCACCGGCAGAUAGUUAUUUCGAGCCGGAACCUCUUCGUAUCGUAGGAGUAGUCGGUAUUGGACACGCAGCAGGAAUAACGAAACUUUGGCCGCAUAGUCAAGAGGAAUACGUGGCUCCCAUAAUCAAAAUUCCACCACCAUCUGUAACUUCCAAAGUCAUUCGACAGACUUACAAAAUAUCGGUUCUAGUUUUGGGAGGUUAUCUUAUAUACAAGUAUGUUCCAGUACCGAAAUUUUUAAAAGAGAAUGCUCACGUUUUUGCUCAAAAAGUUUUAACUAGUAUAAGGGCUGAAAAUACAUUUAGGUUAAGUAUAAACUGAGGUUGUUGUAGUUUUAUAUUUUGAGAAAUUAUUAGAUCGUCAUUUCGGUUGUUUUGGCUAUGUAUAUUUUUGAAUAUUGGGUCUAUUGAAAAAAAAAAAGAAGUAUUUGCUUUUACUUCCUCGUAUUUAAGUAUAUACUUAAUAGUUAUUAAAUAAACCAUUAAAGAAAUGACCUUAUUCAAUUACUAUUAAGUAAAUACUUAAAUACGAGGAAGUAAAAGCAAAUACUUCUUUUUAUUCAAUAGACCCAUCGUCUCUGUUUCGACUAACUUAAAACUAGCAAAAUUCGCUUUAUAAAAAACAAGAAAUUUUGGACAUCUUGGAUAUUAGUGCACCCUAUGUAACGCACAGCUGAAUCUUAUGUUUGUGCGUCACAGUGUUGCCAUUCCAUUUCUUUCAUAAUUUCAAUGAAUGUUAAAUGUACCUACAAGAAUAAUAGAAUAAGAACGUUUACUUAUCCGUCAUUAUAUACUACGUAGAAUGACAACUGAGGUGUCAAAUGAAAGCUUAUAAUCCAAGGAUAGUACUAAAGGUGAGAAGUUAGACCUAGAUUGUCUGUCCCUCAAAAAAUAAGCGUUAAAUUGGGGAUUUCUAAUGUCGACAUUAAAAGUUGCACUAUUUUUUUUCUAUAAAACAUUUUGAUCUAAAACUUACCAGAAAACUUCUUUGUACUCUCUACUUUCAAAUAAAUGUGAUUAAGAAGCUAAAUUUUAAACUUCGUCACACAACUUUUGCGAUUAAACUUUGCAUAACCUUUAUCAUAAUAAGAAUAAAAACUUGAAGCAGGUACCUUUGUCUUCAGAAAUGUUAGAGCUAUAUACUGUAAAAAUUUCAGAAAAAAUAUUAAAAUGGAACAGAGUUGUAGCGAGGUAAACGCUAUAGCGUUUUACAUGUCUGCUCUAAUGGGGAUCAAGGAUAAGAUUAACUACAUAUAUACUUUGGGUCGAAAUGGGGCUAAAGAAGAAGAAACAGGCAUAUAAAGCUUUUUGCGAUACAGCAGGUCGUGGAAUCGUUAGGGGGGGGGGGGUAAGAGGGUUUAAAGAAGACUAACUACCAUAACCAAAUAAGCAAAGGAUACUUACACAGACUUGAGGACUUUCCUACUAUUUAAAGAAAUUUGGACGCCGUUUGAAAAAUCCUCAAAUUCACAUAUCGAGUACUUACUGGACAUAUUCCGUACUUAUGGGAACCAAUUUAGGGACAUUCAUCUUAGAUUCCUCAUUGGGUCAAACUGGGCUAUUAUUUACCAUCCUAUGGCUUCUAUGCCAUUUCUUUUUCUUUACUCUAAAACUUAUUUCGUUUGUAUUAGACAUCUGAUUAAUAAUUCUCCAAAAAAAGGUUACAGAAAUAAAAAUAGGUACAUUUUAUAAUGUUUAUUUAAACCUUUAGACUUUAUUUUUACUCUGAGAAUAAACAUGUUCUCAAACAGGAAAUGAAUAAUAAAAAUAACUAUUAAUUUUUAACAAGACUUUACCAUUGACAAUAAAGAUUUUACAAUCUUUUCUAUUUCCAAAAAUACACAAAGUUUAUUUAUUAUUUCACAUUAUUUUUACAUACAUAAUAACUCUUUAGAGCAGUGUAUCAAAACAAAGUUUGACUUAUGCUGUCAAGUCAAACGUCACUGCCAUUUUAUCUAAUUUACAUAAAACUUUCCGAGAGUCCAUGUUGAAAACAAACUAUUAAAAUAUUUAAAACCUUUACCAAAUUGAUAUCCACUUGUGAAUUUAAUUAAAACAAAUAUUAUUUCAUACCUUUUUUAAAACAAAAUCCAUCGUCACACGUCAAACUUGGCACUUAACCAAAAUUUUCCAUCCAAGAUUAAGGAAGCAUUCAAUUCUAACCAAACAGGAAACAGGACCAAAGUUGAGACCAAAUCAGAAAUCGCAUCCGGGAAUCAGGAAUUGAAUACAGGAAUAUUACCAUAACAUCAUAAAAAUAGCAACAGCUACACAAAAGACAGGAACCGCGCACUUCUUUACCGGCAUACCAAACUGCAUCAUAAUAAUACUGUAUACUCGAUUUUCACAUGAAUAUAUCCAACGUAAUGCUGUGAAAUUUUGUACCAAUAUUCCUUAAUAUUUACUGGACAAAUUGCAAGUCCUUCACUUCGUUUACCAUAACGAAAAAAGCCAAUUUUAAGCCGGAAAGUGCAGUUCUCUGCGAGUCUGUGAGUUCUACGACGUAAAGCGAUGUUUAUCUCUCAAACAUGCCUUUAGGACUAACUAUUUUUCUUCGUCACAUCUCUCGCGCCACUCGCGCGUCCAGCCGGUGACUCUUUCGGCUGAAAACAUUGACCAAUCGUUCGAGACAACUCAACAAUCUUUCAAAAUUCAGGCCAAUAAUAACAAAAAUGCUUACCGCUCAAAAGAAAGGGAAAAAUACCAGAACUUUUCAAGGAUUCAUUCUAGAAUAAUGAAUGUUUACACAAAUAAACAGAAAAUUUCCUAACGUUUUUCAAUGUUGCGAAAUAUUGAAAUAUUUCCAACAGGAGCGGCUUAGGAAAUUUUAAUGAUAUAUAAACUCGCACAAUAAAUUAGAAAAAUAGAUAUUUUUCUUGGGAUAGGAUAUAAAAUUAAUGAAUUCUAUUAACAAAACAUUGUAGCAGAAAUUUGUAAUGCUACGCAAAAAACGUGAUUUCAUUUUAUUAUUAUUUUUAGGUUAAAAUUGCGAUUUUGACAAUGUUCCCCCACAUAAAAUUCAAAAUAAACCUCAUUUUCGUUUUCAGCACCCUCGAAAAUAUAAAGUAUGAAUAAAAUUAGCCAUUCACCCCUCCGUGGUCAGUAUCUCGAAAACUAAGCGCGUUUUUGAGGGUGUCCCGCUCGUGUAUAAUAUCACAAAAAAUUGUAACGUGAUAGUAUGAAAAAAUAGAGGAUACGGCAACGGUGUUACAAGUGAUGGUCGGAUCCAAUGCCAGAAUCUACAGAGACAUAUUAGGGUGCACUAAUAUCCAAGAUGUCCGAAAUUUUACCAAAUAAUAUUACGAAAUUAAAGUUAACAAUUCCUUUAAAUUUCCUAUUAUUUUUGCAACAAAUUUUCGUUAUUUUUUUACUAUUUAUCCCGACAAAUGCUAACACAGUAUAAUACCGAUGUAUAAAGUCAUUGAAUAUUUAGUUUUGUAAAAAGUGUAAAUUUUUCAUGAGGAUAUUUUACCGUUGUUUUGGUCUAUAUAGAGCUUAUUUUCUAAAUAAAGUAUGUUUAUAUUUA